AUGGUAGAGGUUCUUCUACGACCGUCACCUCCUCCACCUCACUAUGCUACUUAUCCCAGACAAUGCAGGACAGUGUCAGGUAGAACAUUGGUAAAGUGCUCGUUGGAAGUCCCAAGUAAGGUUCUGACCAAGCAUGUCUUAUCUGGGCUUACUGCUUCUUUGUUCUUUAUUUCUCCAGCAAAUCAGUCUGUUGCAGCAGAUCUCUAUCUUGCACAAAACAAUAUAUGUCAAAUUGCCAGUGCCAGUGAUACUGCACUUACUUCUCCAUUCGAGAAUGGAUCUAAUGAAAAAGGUGCAAAUCUAAUGAUGAUGAGAGGUAUGACAGCCAAGAAUUUUGACCCUGUAAGAUAUUCUGGAAGAUGGUUUGAAGUUGCUUCACUUAAACGUGGAUUUGCUGGACAAGGCCAAGAAGAUUGUCAUUGCACUCAGGGUGUAUAUACAUUUGAUAGGGAAGUACCAUCUAUCCAAGUUGAUACUUUUUGCGUUCACGGAGGCCCAAAUGGAUUUAUAACCGGAAUUAGGGGAAAGGUUCAAUGUCUUUCGGAAGAAGAUUUGGAGAAAAAUGAGACACAGCUUGAGAAGCAGGAGAUGAUAAAAGAAAAGUGCUAUCUCCGCUUUCCUACAUUGCCAUUCAUUCCCAAGGAACCUUAUGAUGUGAUUGCUACUGAUUAUGACAAUUUUUCUCUUGUUUCAGGAGCUAAGGAUAAAAGUUUUAUUCAGAUAUACUCAAGGACACCUAACCCUGGACCUGAAUUUAUAGAGAAGUACAAGUCUUACCUUGCAAAGUUUGGAUAUGAUCCAAGCAAAAUUAAAGAUACACCCCAGGAUUGUGAAGUCAUGUCCAAUAGUCAGCUGGCUGCUAUGAUGUCAAUGUCUGGAAUGCAGCAGGCACUUACAAACCAAUUUCCUGAUCUAGGACUGAACUCACCUAUUGAGCUUAAUCCCUUCACUAGUCUAUUUGACACUUUGAAGAAGCUAAUUGAGCUUUAUUUUAAGUAA